AUGGGAGAACAUCAACAUCCCCUCCAGUCUGACUCGAAGCGAACCGAGCGCAUAAAACUCAAGAGAGAUGAAAUUGUUAAGGAGCAUUCGGAAUUGGCUACUGAGCACCAUACUGUAUGGCACGCCAGAAGUCAAGAUGCAGACCCGCCAUGUCUGAGAUCACUCCAAGAUUUAAAGAGGGUUCGACUUGGUAAUCUUCGUUCACAAAAUCACGGCUCAGUUCUCUUGGUUCGUGCAAUCGAACAACCUAUACAACUGGGGCCGCUAUUCCCUGUCAUGAAUGUGGUUGAGGAUAUCACCAACGACGUCAGCCAUAUGGAAGUUUUUUUUUCUAGCACUUCGCCACCAGCGGCAAUACUCACGCAAGGCACUGUACUUGCGAUCAAGGAGCCGCUUUACGUUAUGAAUCAUGGUAAAAGGGUGAUCCGAGUUGUACAGCCCUCGAAUGUCAAAGUCCUCAAGCCUGAACAUGAGAUGUUUCCUAGAGUGUUUGCGGAGCCGCCUCCAUUGGUCCCAAAAACAAGUAUGGAGUGGGCGAAGGAAGGCAACAAUGCACUGGAAAUAGGAGAGUACAGUCGAUCAGUAAAUUGUUUCACGAGCGGCCUAGGAACACAUCCCGAGAAUGACGAGCUACGACAGAGCCUGCAUCGCAGUCGCGCCACAGCUGCGUUUCAUGCUGGUCAGUAUGACCUGGCGAUGGCCGACGCUUUUUUGUCGCUCCCAGCACCGGGCGAUACGCUGAAAUCAACAGACUGCACCGCUCUACGUUGUGCAGGAGAUGCUGCUUAUAAAUUGCGCGAGUUCUCACAGGCACGAGCAAUAUAUCAGCGUCUACUCUCAAUCUUGCCAGCUGACAUACAAGGUCUCGGAGAGCUACGCAAGAUUGAAGCAAGGAUACAUGAAGAGACGACCGGUGCCUACAACUUCAGAGCCUUGCUGGAAGAUCAAAUACUCGCGGACCAUGCAACUUUUAUCAACAGGACCGAGGUUCAAGACUCAGAAGGCCAUGGGCGUGGAGUAUUUGCUAAAGACGACAUCGUCUGUGGUGAACUCAUCUUUUGUGAGAAGGCGUUUACCAUCUCACAUCCACCUCCCCAACUUUCGGGAGACCAUCACUCCAUCAGUAGUACGAAUUAUUACGGUGGCUGUGGGAAGGGAGUAGCUGCAUUGUGGCUUCACACAGUGCAAAAGCUCUAUGCUAAUCCGUCCCUCGCUCGAUCAAUACUCGCACUAUACGGCGGCACGACCUAUUCAAGUGACGCCGACCUACCAUACGUAGAUGGACAAAUCGUGAUAGACGUCUUUCAAAUCCUGCAAAUCAUCGACCACAACGUUUACGGUUUCGAGGCUGGGCACGCCCAACAACCCUAUGGCAGUACCAAAUACUCAUCCAACGAAGAACGAGAGUCGGUUGGCCUCUUCGCAUAUGCGUCGUACUUGAACCACUCUUGUUUGAAUAAUACCAGCAGGAGCAUAAUAGGCGAUAUGAUGCUGGUCCGAGCAUCUAAACCCAUUCGCAAAGGCACCGAAAUCACAACCACAUACUUGUCACCUAGUAUCGGCGAACCGGGACGCACAGCAGAACUAAACAGAAUCUGGAAGUUUCAUUGCGACUGCAAGCUUUGUGCUGCUGAAAUCGCUUGCAACACACAGUGGAAACCAAUUUUCGACGAAGUAAGGUCACACAGACUACCUCAAGACCUGGAAGACCCUGCUUUGCUGGAAGACCGGAUCCACCAGGCACAAACCCUCAUCGGCAGAGUUGAAGAGACUUAUUCCACGCUCAACGGACUGCCUCGCGUCGCACUGAGGGAGCUGCAAGAGAUUCUGAUGGUCUCGAACAGUCGUCUGGGCCAUUAUGACAAGUCAUGCGAACAUGCACUAUGCUUGUUGCGAGAAAGUGGCUAUCAGAUAUCGACGGAAGCGUCACAAGUACGGAUGGACUUUACAAAUGGAGUUCCCACCAGAGGGGUGGUGGACGCGCUUUUUCUCCUUGCAAAACAGGAACAAUACCAGGAGGUCGUUAAGCAGUUCUUGUUGCUGGCCAAACAGAUAUAUCUGACCUUGAACGGUACAUCCAAUGCGUGGGACGUGGCUUACGGAGAACUCGUAGAUCGAUGA